GCCACCUUAAGACUCCAGGGGAGGCGGCAAAUUCUCAGCGAGUUUAUUGCCCGCCUACGUCUCGCGCACUAAUUCGACGUUUCGCGCGCUCCCUGCGGCUCGCGCAGUAGCUCAGACUCUCGCACGCGCCCCAGCGAGCUGCACGAUCAAUGCCAAUCUCUCUCUCUUGCGCGCGAGCCUCCUUGGCUGACUGUGUAUCUCGUGCGCGUCCUCGCGCCCUGAGCAGGAUUCUCGAGGCACGGCGGUUAAGCAGCUGGGUGUGUCUGAGUCUUAUUCGUGGGUUUGGCGCGAUCUUGUGAGGGUGACGUAUCCUGCUGGUGACCAAUCGGAGCGAGCAGAGGAGGUGGCAGAAUGUGCCUCGCCCCCUCGCUCUUCCCUCAUGUCCGUAUUGGGCGGAGUCGGCGCUGGCCUGGUAGUGAUGGCGGACGAUGGGGAUGGGAGACUAAGAACUGAGGAUAACAGCGGUGGCGGCCUGGGGGGCGGGGGCGUAGAGGAGCCGCCCGCGGCGGCGGCGGGAGGCUGGGCUGUGGGCGGCGAGAUGCUGCUGAACGUGGGGCUGUUGGCGUUGGUGCUGCUGGCGGCCUAUCGGCUCUACCUGCGCUGGGGGAAGCGGAGCGGCCCGGGGGGCGCGGCCCAGCAGAGCCAGGCCGCCUCCCUGCCCCGCAUGAAGCGGCGGGACUUCACGCUGGAGCAGCUGCACGAGUACGACGGGGCCCGGACCCCUCGCAUCCUGCUGGCCGUCAACGGCAAAGUCUUCGACGUGACCAAAGGCAGCAAGUUCUACGGGCCUGAGGGUCCAUAUGGAAUAUUUGCUGGCAGAGAUGCCUCCAGGGGACUAGCAACUUUCUGUCUAGAUAAAGAUGCACUCAGAGAUGAAUAUGAUGACCUAUCGGACUUAAAUGCUGUACAAAUGGAAAGUGUUAGAGAAUGGGAAAUGCAAUUUAAAGAAAAAUAUGACUACGUAGGUAGACUCCUAAAACCAGGAGAAGAACCAUCAGAAUAUACAGAUGAGGAGGAUAUCAAGGAACACACUAAACAGGAUUGAACUUUGCAAAAACCAAAGUCGGGGCCUUCAGAACUGAAACCUCUUAUUCCCCCAUCACAAUGUCUUGCAUCUUUGGGUACAGUUCAUCUGCUGCAAAAAACAUUCAACAGGUUUUGUACAAAGAAAAUAACACACAAUGAAGAUUUGAAUACUAGGCAUCAUUUGUGCUGCCAAAUUUUUUGUUGCAGUUUAUUUGUAAUGUGUGGUAAGGCUUCAUUUAUGAAGAGGGGCUAGGGAUGUAAAAGGUUUAAAAAAAAAAACCCUACUCCUUUUUAUCAGUAAGAUGAAGCCUUCACAUAGUCCAUACUUACAGGCUCUAAGUUUAAGAAAAUGAAAGCGUUCAGUUUUGUUUCACAUGUUUUCUCCUGCAUUAAAAAUAUUUACUCACGUACAUCAAUACUAAAGUCUGGGCCACUGAAACUGGUGUUAAAAUGUGAAUUUCCAAAUUUGUUUUGCAUGUGGGCAGAAGUAGCCCUGGCAGAAAAACUUCAGUUUUCUUGAGAGACAUCUUUGCAGAUUUGAAGGAUGUACCAGUGACCUCUGUCUCAAAAGGAUCUGGCAAAACUAAUUUCUUUACAACAACUAUCAGCUGAAGCCUGCCUUUUACCCUUCCCCUAAAUCAAAUCAAUAUUAAUUGUGCCUUAUUUCACUUAAAUAGACUUGAAUUGUUUUAAGGGAAAGCCCCCACUAUGUGGUUUCAAAGUCACAAUAAGCACCAUUGAGACUGAAGUUAGAAUGUUCUGUUGACUUGCAAACCUUGAUAUCAUUCUGUAUAUAGAAUGGAAAAGGACUACUCAGUGUUACUGCCAUAUGUUAAUAUACAUAAACUUAAUUAGCAUUGUGAUGGCCAAAUGCAUUCCCUCAUGCUUCUUUUUAAAUAAUUAAACCACCCCACCAUGCUCCCCCACCCCCAGGAGCUGCCUAAUUUUUGGGAGCCUAGCCUUCACAAUGCUGUAGUGAGGGUGUGUGCAUCUCUGGGUGGGUGUCUGACUGCAAGACUUGGGAGGGAUUGUUUCUGCAGAUACUGUAAAUACAAGUACCAUUUUAAUAAAGCAUGUACAAUACCAAA